AUGAGCUUCCUGAAGCGCCUUUCUGGCGCCUCUUUGGUCAAGAUUGCUGCCACUGCGAUUGUUUCUGCGGCUGUCUUGCCCAUGACAGCUCUGGCACAGUUUAACGACACGACGCCCGGGCUGGAACUGCAGAUCUCAAUUACAGAUGGACUCCUGAACGGCAGUGUCAACGGCCGCGUGGUGGUCCUGUUUGCGCCCAGCGGCGUAGACCCUCUGGAAGACACCGACGUUACCUCUAGCCCUGAUCUGAUCUUCGGGAUGAAUGUGUUUGGCACUGUUGGCACGGACACAAUCACACUCUCGGGCGGGAGCGGAUACAAUGUCAGGACGGGUGUCUGGGGUUGGCCCAAUGCGAGCUUGGAUGAAGUUCCCCCAGGCAACUAUUCGGUGCAAGCCUUCCUCAACCCGUACGAGACGGUUACUCGCAGCGACGGGUCUACGCUCAGUGUCCACUUUCCUUGUGGCGAUGGCGCGCCGAACGUCGACGGGGUCGGAAGCCUCGUCACGUCGAUAACUGAUGUGGAGAUCCAGGAGGGUCCACAGACAGUCGAACUCAACUUCAACAACGUGACGCUUGUUGAGGCGUUUACCGGCAGCGAGAUUGGCGGCUGCUCUCAGGGUAACUACGAGGACACGGAGACGCUCAAGUAUGUGAAGAUCCGCAGUCAGGCUCUCAGCAGCUUCUGGGGCCGUGAUAUGUAUGUCGGCGCCAAUAUAGUGCUGCCCAGCGGAUAUGACGCCAACGACACAAGUGCGCGCUAUCCGGUCAUCUAUUCCCAGGGACAUUGGCCGGCAGACGGCGGAGCUUUUGGGUAUCCUGACUCAAACUUCUCAGCAGAGUGGGACAACGGGACGAUUCCCGGCGAGGACGGCGAGCCUGACCGGCCCGCGCCCAAGAUGAUUCUAGUGACUUUCCGUCACGAAGCACCAUUCUAUGAUGAUUCAUACGCUGUCAACACGGCAAAUAUUGGCCCGUACGGCGAUGCCAUCAACGACGAACUGAUCCCCUACAUUGAAGCGAAUUUUAACACAAUCCCGGAGCCCUAUGCGCGCGUCCAGGUGGGCGGUUCGACAGGCGGCUGGGAGUCGGCUGCCAGCCUGAUCUUCAGGCCUGAUCUUUUUGGCGUCUGCUUCUCAUCGUAUCCCGAUUCUUUGGAUUUCCACCGGCAUCAGGACAUCCCAUUGUACACGUCUACGAACGCCUAUGUGCGGCCUAACGGCAGCGCGAUCCCUUCCAUCCGCGACUUCGAAAACGGCACAGAAGUUGUGCUGGCCACAGUGGCACAAGAGAAUCAUUGGGAGCUCACGUUUGGCACCUCAAGCCGCUCUUCUCUACAAUGGGACGUCUGGAACGCUGUGUUUGGUGUGCAGGGUAUCAACGGCUAUCCCCUGGAGCCCUGGAACAAGGUCACUGGAGAGAUCUACCCCGAAGCCGUCCGGUACUGGAGACACAUGGACCUAGCGGAUUAUAUCGUCAGCAAUUGGGACAACGAGCGCAAUCUCGGCGAGACGUUGCGUCGACGCAUAUUCAUCUAUGUCGGCACGUGGGACGACUACUAUCUGAACGAGGGUGUUGUGGAGUUCCAGAACCGCGUCUCCGCCGCUGGCGGACCAGACUGGGCCAACGUGACAAUCCUGCCCGAGAGACCGCAUGGAGGCAACUACCAAGGUCGGACGACGUGGGAUUUCCUUGAGCUGGUCUACUCUUGGAUUCAGGACCACUCCCCCGUCGGGCCCACACCUCUGUCCAGUAACGUUACGGCACCAGCCUCAAGGGGCAACACUUUUGCCGAAGUGCUUUCCUACGGCGGUCAUCAAGCCGCGCUGGCACGCCAGGCUCCCCCUACAAUUGAAACUGGACAUUGUGACAAAGCAGGGUGUGUGUUUGCCGCGAGCGUAGGACGUUGGGAUCCCGGUGUCAUACUCGAAGCCCAGUGGACGGUCAAUGGCAAGCCGUACGGCGCUGCGUUUGAUGUUGCGCAGGGCGCGAGCCUGACUUACACCCCCGAGGCCAGUACUAAAUGGUCUUUCCUCCAGCUCUCGGUGACGGGACGCAAGUCGGGCUAUGUUGAUGAGACGAGGCAGAGCAAUGGGGUGGUGAUAACGUGA